UAAUUAAGAAAAAUGUCAUUGGAGUGUGAUCUACUAAUUAUAAACGGUCUAGUUAUUGAUCCAGCUAAUGAUAUUGACCAAAUUCAGCUGGACAUUGCAGUGAAGGAUGGAAAAAUAUUGAAUAUAUUUAAGCCAGGGGAGAAUACUUAUACUGCAAGUGAGAUUUUUGAUGCUUCAGGAUGUUACCUCACUCCUGGGCUGAUUGAUGUCCAUGUGCAUUGUUAUGAGCAUGUGACAUCACUUGGUAUCAACCCUGAUGAUGCCUGUUUGUCACGUGGGGUAACUACAGUUGUUGAUGCAGGCAGUGCAGGGUGUGGCACAUUCCAAGGACUUCGGAAAUUUAUUAUAGAGAGAAAUCACACCAGAGUAUUGGCUUUUCUCCAUAUCACAUCACAUGGACUGGCUGGAGCCGGAUGCUCUGCGGAUGCUGCUGGUGGAGAAUUGGACUCGCUGAAUCAUUUGCAACUGGACGAAUGUGUGAAGUGUAUUGAAGACAACAAAGAUGUCAUUGUUGGAAUCAAGAUUAGAUUGAGUGAAAGUAUUUCAAACAAUGGUGCAAAUGAACAAGAGGCAUAUAGGAGAGCAUUGAUGGCAUCAAAGGAAGCUAAAGUACCAUUAAUGGUACAUCAUACCAUUUCCAGUAUCCCUUUAGAUUCUAAUGUUCAACUCUCGUGUCCUGGAAAUCUAAGAGCAGGCGACAUCUACACUCACACCUUUCAUGGCCAUAAGAGCACCAUAGCUGAUCUUGAUCGAAAUAGCUUGCAUCCAAUUGUUCAUAAGACAGCGAAUCAAAAUGGAAUUUUGUUUGAUGUUGGUCAUGGGCAAGGUUCUUUCAGUUGGAAGGUUGCUGAUAUUGCAUCACAUGAAGGAUUUUAUCCACAUCUCAUCAGCACAGAUCUACACUUGUUAAGCGUUAAUGGGCCAGCAUAUGAUUUGGUAACAGUCAUGUCAAAAUUUUAUCACCUUGGAAUGAAUAUAUAUGAUGUUAUCAAAGCAGUUACAUCACAAGCAGCAAAUGCAAUCGGCUGGGGCAACCGCAUUGGCUCAUUGAGCAUUGGAGCGCUUGCAGACAUCACAAUCCUAAGGUUAAUAACAGGAGAGUUUGCAAUGGAGGACUGUGAGGGGAACAAGAGGACUUGUACAAGAUUGUUUCAGCCUGUUGCUGUUUGGAAAGAUGGUGUCAGCUUUCCUAUAAAAGCCUAUAGUGUUCAAACUGCUAUGAAAUUCCAAUAGACACAUA